AUUCUUCUUUCCCUGAAAUUUUAGAAACCACAACCUUGGAAAAAUCUAUAAUCAGAGAUGGCAGGAAAUGGAAAAAUUUUAAACUUGUCGGAGCUUUCCCAGCACAGUAGACGGCAUGAUUGUUGGCUCCUAAUCGAUGGAAAGGUCUAUGAUGUGACAGAGUUCCUGAACGACCAUCCUGGUGGAGAUGAUGUACUCUUGUCUGCUACAGGGAAAGAUGCGACUCAUGAGUUUGAAGAAGUGGGUCACAGUUCAUCUGCAAAAGCCAUGUUAAGUGAGUUUUAUGUGGGCGACAUAAACUCUACCAACUACCAAGGCCAGUGAUGAUAUUGCUACUACUGCUACCCCGAAUCAUACCGAGCAGAAUCAAGAUAAUAGGAGCUUUGAUUUGUUGUUGAUUAAGCUCUUUCAGUUUCUUGUUCCUCUUCUCAUCUUAGGUUUGGCUCUUGGUGUUCGAUUCUACAUCAAGACUCCAUCAUUUCCAUGAAAAUCGAUUUGUGGUUUGGGGGCAAUCAAGAUAUCUGUGGACU